AUGAUUCAGGAUGGAGUGACACCGCAGCUUGACCGGGCUGAUUCAGAGUCCGGGUACAAUGAGAAGAAGCUGGACUAUGACAUGGCACCUCAAUACCAAGACGCCUUCGGAAAUGAGGAGGGUGCAGAGGUCAAAUACAAGACUAUGAAGUGGUGGCAGACAGGAAUGUUUAUGAUUGCCGAAUCGGUCUCACUUGGUGUGCUGUCUUUGCCCAAGACAUUGGCCCAACUUGGUCUCGCGCCUGCUCUGGUGCUCAUUAUCGGACUCGGUAUCCUCGCCACUUACACCGGUUACACAAUUCACCAGUUCCGCGCGCGGUACCCUCACAUUCAGAAUUUGGGUGAUGCUGGCGAGAUAUUGUUUGGAGCCUUUGGACGGGAGCUGUUUGGACUUGGCCAAUUGCUCUUCUCGAUCUUCAUCAUGGGCAGUCAUAUCUUGACCUUCAGUGUCAUGAUGAACACUGUUACCGAGCAUGGCACUUGCACCAUGGUUUUCACCACCGUCGGAUUUGUGAUCUGUUUCGUAUGCUCUCUGCCUCGUACGAUGAAGAACAUGACCUACAUUUCAUGCAUGUCAUUCUUCAGUAUCGUGACCGCAGUCAUCAUCACGAUGGUUGCAGUUGGCGUUCAAAACCAGGGUGGUGUUGGCCUCAAGGCCACUGUUGAUACCGAUCUUUUCCGUGCCUUCAGUGCCGUCACUAACAUCGUUUUUGCCUACUGUGCUCACGUCGCCUUCUUCGGUCUCCUUGCUGAAAUGGAGAAUCCCCGUGAUUUCCCCAAGGCUCUCAUCAUGCUUCAGACCUUCGAAAUUGUUUUCUAUACCGUUGCCGCUGUGGUUAUAUACUACUACGUUGGUCAGGAGGUCACUUCUCCUGCUCUUGGGUCUGCUGGUCCCAUUCUGAAGAAGGUUGCUUAUGGAAUCGCUAUUCCCACCAUUAUUGGUGCCGGUGUUGUGAAUGGCCACAUUGGUCUCAAGUAUAUCUACGUCCGUUUGUUCCGUGGCACUGAUCGCAUGCACAAGCGUGACGCAGUUGCAAUCGGCUCAUGGGUCGGAAUCGCUCUUACAUGCUGGGUCAUUGCGUGGAUUAUUGCCGACGCAAUUCCUGUGUUCAGCGACCUUCUGAGUCUCAUCAGUUCCCUGUUCGCCAGUUGGUUCAGUUACGGUCUUGGUGGUGUGUAUUGGCUGCACAUCAAUAAGGGCAAAUGGUUCUCUUCUCCUCGGAAGAUUGCGCUCACCGUAGUGAAUGUGCUGAUCAUUCUGAUUGGUGGGUGCAUGUGUGGUCUUGGUCUCUAUGUCUCCGGCAAAGCUAUUCACGACGAUGCUUCCAGCAACAGCUUCUCGUGCGCUAGCAACGCCGAGGUCUAA